GACAGUUGGAACCACGAAUUUUCCAGGAGAGUGUUGUUUAUUGAGUCCUCCGACGGAAAUAUAGGAAAAAAUCACCAUGAGGAACUGUUUUGUGCCCUUUUGCGACAUGCAGUGCAAAGAUAUGGAGAAAAGGAUGAUGUUCCUGCCACCAAAGGAUGAAGAAACAUUCGCAAAAUGGAAGGAAAAUCUACCCAAAAAGCGCCCUUUCAAGCGAAAUGAUAGAGUUUGCGAGAGGCAUUUUCAUCCUGAAGAUAUUGUCAAGACGUGGGAGCAUGUUAUAAACGGGCAGGUGUUUCAUUUAGAAAGAGGAAAGCCUCGACUGAAGCAAUUUGCCGUUCCGACCCUCAAUUUUCCCAAUGACGAUGAAAUUCGGGAUAGAAAACCCCGGAAAAGGUCAUCCAAUGAGGGUUCAUCGGGCAGAGAAGUGAAAAAGCAAAGGAAACAGGUGGUGGAAAUCCUUGAGAUGAGCGAGAAGGAUAUUAGCUUAAUAAAGGAGGAACAGGAGGCAGAACUUGCGGCAAUAGAAAAUUCAAAUGAAGAGAAGAAAAGGGCAUUUGAGUGUCUCCUGGAAGAGAUUCAUGAUGUUAUACUUCCGUCAAUGCUUUGGGGCAUCCAUCGAGAUCCCAAUCAGGAAUACUUUGCUUUCACCUUCUUCGAUGAAGGACGAAUGGCCACGACAAAAAUUGUGCACGUGGAUUCCAAUCUCAUCAUGUCCACACAUAUUAAGGGAGUCCUUGUGUCCUCCGAUGAGCUCAACUGCGACAUAGUAUCCGGGAAUGGGACUGAAUACCUUUCAGCAAUCCUGGCAGAAAUCGAUGAGCAAGUCAUUUGUCCGGGACUUGAUGAAAGUUGUCAGAUUUACCCAGAAACUGAUAGCACAGAAUGCAGCCAAUGUCAAAAGGCGAGAGAGGCAUAAAUCUUAUAUUAUUAAUGCAUAAAUAAAUUAAAAUUAAGGAAUUUUAAACAUAAAAAA